GUUGUGCUCAGCUCAGUGUUCAAACGUUACGAUCAGUCUGCGAUUGAACAGCGGUUCAGAAACAACGCGCGUUUUCCAACUUAAUUCGGCAAAAAGCGACGGUGCAAGUGCAAAGUAAUCGAAAUUGCAUGAGGAAAAUUUUUAUGAAUUUGACUUUAUUCUUAUUUUUGUUUUUGCUUCGGCAAACAAGUGGUGAGUGGCAAGUGUAUGCAAUUUAUUGCAACAAUUCAUAGCUGGCAAAGUUUGGCGCAACACGCUGCCCAUAACGGCAUUUAUAUUUCGCUAUUGCUAACAAGCUGACGCAUUUUUCACUUCAUUUCAUGCUUCUGGGUGUUUACCAACCAUACAUACACACACACAUAUAUAUAUAUAUACAAUUAGAUUGUGUGCAAAGGUUUAUGUAUGUGUACUCAGUUUGUUGAUGCCACUAUUAUUGCAACAUUUUGAAAACAAGUCGGACGUGUUUAUUCGCUGAUAGAAUUCUUAAAGCCAACAGUGCGCAUAUAUGCUAACAAACAUACUUAGAAGCACCUGCUGACAUACACAUGUUUGUAUGUUUAUACAUUUACCAUAAGCUCAAGUAAGCGUGAUUUCGUGCAAUAUAGAGAGUUCAUUUAAAGAUUAUAAGCAACAACACUAAACACUAGUCAUACAUAUACUACAAGAAGUAGCAACGAUUUUGUGUUGCAAAAAAUAAUUAAUAUACUACGGCCACGCAACGCUUUUUUCAAAUUCUCAGCACUUUUCGCUUUGACUUUUAAUUCUGCAAAAGCAGCAUUCUGCGUCUACAUACAUAUAUACGUCAUAAUUGUUGUGUGUUGCAAAGUGUAAGGUAGGAAGUGUGGCGUAAAAAAUUGAAAGUUAACUGUUCGUAAUCCGAAACUGAAACCGUAGAAGAGUGACUGGCUGUUCUUCCAUGCCGUAAAGCCACAGAAUAUUCCAUUGAUUUUUAAAAAUUGGCCUAUAUCACUUUAACAAGACAAACAUUGCCAACGAAGAGCCGUGCAUCCAGUUAGGAAGCAUAUAAAGAUAGUAGCUAAGCGCUAGGAGCGACUACAACAAAAAUAGCGGGCAACAGCCGCGGGGUGAAUAGAAUUCAGCUAAAAUUGAAUGAAUAGCCGAGAGGGCGUAUAAAGGAGGCAAGCCAAGGCGAGCAGACAGACACAUAUGCACAUAAAUAAGUGCCGUUGAAUAAAGACAUAUACAAGCAUACAUAUAUACAAGAAAUAUAAAUAUAUAUAUACAUAUCAAUUUAUAUAUGCGCAUAUAUACAUUUGACAAUCGUUGUAUAAAUCAGUAGCGACAAGAGUCAAGUCGCAAGCGCCCCAAGCGGCAAGCAAAAGCAACGAAAUAACAGUUUUUCCACUCACAGUAUAUUUUUACAGUUAUUGCUGCUAUUUCGCCACAACUACUACACUCUACUAGUCACUACUACCCUUGCCCCAUUACAAGAGCAAUACAACAAUACGGCCAACGUACGCGACAACUAUCAGCAAGCGGCAACGACGGUGUACUGAAUUGGUCUGCUUAACAUCAAUUGUAACACUUGAUGAGACAAUAGAUGCACGGUGGGUGGUACAAAGUAACAGCAACAACAACAAAAAUAACGAAUACUAUUCGAAAGCAGCAUACGAAAGAGUUGCAGAGAGCAGCAGAGAGACUGCGAAGUGCUGUGGCAGCAAGAAGGCAAAGCGUGCGCAACGCAGCUAAAUGUGCAACAUUGUGUGGCAGAGCAGCGUAAGGACAUAGCGAGCUAACAACAGAAACGAAAAACAGCAACAACCACAAAACCCGCAAGAAUUAUUGCGAUCUAUACACAGUGGGAGUGUAGAGUUAAGCAGAAAAACAAUUUCUACACACAUUGUUACCCUUGUUGUCGUUGUUGUUGUAAGUGUAACAUAAACACUGGCGUAGCAGAGUAAACUAGCAACAGCGCACACAGGCGACGGCAAUAACGAAGCGGUAAAAGUACGAUAACUACGAAGCGACGCACACAACACACAAGUGAUACACGCGCCGAAAAACUGCAGAGAGAAAAAAGUGUGUGUGACAGGACAGAAUUGCCUGGUCGUGAGUAAGAGUGUAGCUGUAACAGGACAUGCAACGCAAGUGAAUUAAGCGCAUACACAGACGAACAUUUGCAGCAAAGAAAAAACGUGAAAAAACAACAACUACAACUACAAAACAUUACUAGAAUUCCAGACGAACGCGUGCGCCAACGUGCAGCACAAACGAAGGUCGACUAGCAGCAGGCUUUGAGGAGCAUUGAACGCAGCGCCGGCUGCUGGCUGCUGGCUGUUGACAGCAAUAAACAUAACAACCAUUGUACGCGCAGCAGUAAAAAUAACAAGUGUAAGCGAUACACAGCAUCGUGUGCAAAUCGAACGCAUAUAGAAACAUAGCAGCGUAUCUAAAGGAAGCAAGUGUUACGUAUACGACACGGCGCACCGCACAGCGUACGAAACACGCAGCACUUAAAGCGCCAGAGACGUUGUGACGCAGAAGAAAACGAGCACAACGCGCUAUUGCUACAGCAACAACAACCAAAAACAAUACCAAAAAAAAUCAUAACAACAACAACGAAACACAAUUAUAGUGUGGAAAAAUCCGAAUUACGAAUAAAAAAACAACAGCACAGUGCACACUAUAACAACAACGGCAGCAGCAGCAGCAACAGCAACAACACACAGCAGUAGCAAGAUGGAUGCUGAAGCGGAGGGUCUGCCACCCAAUAACACCAUUGUCGAGGUGACAAGCACCGAAACGGAUUUAGCUGCCCGACGUCGUCUCUUCAAGACACAACCGUCAACAUUGGCCGCGCGGCGACAGCAGGCGGUAUGUGUGCGGAGGGCGCAUAAAAUGUAUGGAAAUAGCAAAAAUCCGAAUGUCGUGUUGGAUGGCCUGAAUAUGACUGUUCCUAAGGGUUGCAUUUAUGGGCUCUUGGGCGCCUCAGGUUGCGGUAAGACAACCCUACUUUCUUGCAUCGUAGGCAGGCGUCGCCUGAAUUCCGGCGAAAUAUGGGUGCUUGGUGGACGUCCAGGUUCCAGAGGUUCGGGGGUGCCCGGUCCACGUAUUGGUUAUAUGCCUCAGGAAGUUGCACUCUAUGGCGAGUUCACGUUGCGCGAAACACUAAUCUACUUCGGCACGAUUGCGGCUAUGGCCCGCAGCGAUAUCGAUGACCGCACGGAAUUUUUGUUGAAAUUUUUGAAUCUGCCAAAUGGUUCGCGGCAGGUGAAAAAUCUCAGCGGUGGCCAACAGCGACGCAUGAGUUUGGCCGUGGUCCUGUUGCACGAACCGGAAUUGCUGAUACUUGACGAGCCGACUGUGGGCGUUGAUCCAGUCUUGCGGCAAAGCAUCUGGGAUCAUCUGGUUGAUAUAACGAAAACUGGGAAUACAACUGUGAUAAUUACAACACAUUACAUUGACGAGUGCGCUCAGGCACAUGUGAUCGGUCUUUUGCGUGGCGGUCGCAUGCUUGCAGAGGAGGCGCCCAACUUUUUGCGCCAACAAUAUAAUGCCAGCUCACUGGAGGAAGUCUUUCUGAAGUUGUCUGUUCUACAGAAUAUGGGACGUCGUCGUCGUUCGUCGAUUGCACAGGAAAUCGUCGAGCAAGUGCAAGUGCCAGCCAUUUCGAAUCCGGCCUUGGAUAUGUCCGAUGAGCAUAACACCGCCGAUAUUUCAGGUGAAUUCGGUGAUAACAUCUCGAUGAAUUCGGCAAUUCGUGAUCCGAUUACAGCAGCUGAGAUGCCCGCUUCACCACUGCCGAUCGAUAAGGAGCCGCCAGCAACAUUAAUGCAACACUUGGAUGUGAUAAGUUCGCAUCACAUGCGCGCCUUGGUAUGGAAGAACUAUUUGUGGAUGUUGCGUAAUGUGGGCAUAAUGAUGUUCAUAGUCGCCUUGCCGGUUGUACAAAUCAUACUCUUCUGUUAUGCCAUUGGUCACGAUCCAACUGGUCUCAAGUUGGCUGUGGCGAAUGGAGAGCUCUCCGAACAAAUGGUAAUCGAUCAAUUUUGUCCAGUUUUUCCGGGUUGCAAUCAAACAUAUUUGAGUUGCCGCUAUCUGGAUAUGUUGAAGACGAAUAAGAGUAUGCAUGUGAAAUUUUUCCAAACCGAGGAAGAAGCCAAUACUGAGGUACGACGCGGCAAUGCAUGGGGUUCAUUGGUAUUCGAUAAGAACUAUACGAACGCAUUGAAUGAACGUGUUGAAAGCGGACGCUAUGCUGAUAAUGCUACCAUAGAUGCUUCGGAUGUUAAUGUGCGCCUAGAUAUGUCAAAUCAACAAAUCUCCACACUACUUUACCGCGAUCUACAGUACACCUUCUUCGAUUUCGUCGAACUUAUACUGCACGAUUGUGAACUUAAUCCGAAAAUUGGCCGUAUACCCGUCGACUGGGAAAAACCGAUCUAUGGCACGCGCAAUCCAAAUUUCACUGAUUUCGCUGCACCCGGCGUCAUAUUAACCAUCAUAUUCUUCCUCUCUGUGGCGAUCACAUCGGGUGCCAUGCUGAUCGAACGUAACGAGGGCAUGUUGGAACGCUGCUUGGUGGCUGGCAUUACUGGACCCGAAAUACUCUUCUCACAAGUGCUCUCACAAUUCACUGUCGUCAUAGUACAAAUGACUUUUGUGCUUAUUGUCGGCUUCGGUUUCUUCGAUCUCACCAACGAGGGUAGCAUGUGGCUAGUGAUUGCGCUUUGCCUGCUCAACGGCUUAUGUGGCAUGUGUUUCGGUUUCGUUAUCGCUUGUGCUGUGGACACGGAGCGUACGGCUACUUACGUGGCAUUGGGCUCUUUCUUGCCAAUCGUUAUGUUGUGCGGUAUCAUUUGGCCUAUCGAGGGCAUGUAUCCAGCAUUGCAGUUCAUAACCCUGUUCUUGCCGUUAACCAAACCAACAGAGUGUCUACGUUCGAUAUUGCAACGUGGUUGGGGUUUCUCCGAACCAUCAGUGCAUAAUGGUUUCAUCUCGAUAUCCCUCUGGGUUUUGGUCUUUUUGGUGUUGAGCAUAUUAUUCCUCAAAUUUAAGAAGGGCUAAAGAGAGAACAAGUAUGUUGAAUGAGUGCAAAAGAGUGAGAGAUAGCGAGCGAGAGGGUGAGUGAGAGAGAGAGCGAGAGAGAGUGCGGUGGCACGUGUGUUUGAGGGUAUGCGUGUGCGUUGAAAGAGAGUGUGUAAGCGCACGUGGUAGAGUAUUGCGUUAUUUUUCGGUUACAGGGUGGUAAAGAGGUGAUCAAUUUAUUUAAGUAAGCCAACUAAAAUUGUUUGGUUUCUUAGGUACAAGUUAGGUACUUGUGUCUAAAGUACACUUAGUAAUUUUAUAACAGUUAUUUUAGUUAUUUUUUCUCAAUUUGAAUUUUUUUUAUUUUUUAAUCUUUUGUUUGUUAAUUUUUUUAUUUUUUUUUUAUUUUGUCAGCAUUUUUAAUUUAAUUUCCUCUACUGGUACUUCGUUUUUUAUGUAUUGUAGUUGUAAGGCUAACGGAUUUUAUUGUUCUAAAUAUAUAUAAAAAAUAAAAAUUAUGUACAUUUGGGUUAAGUCAAAUAAGUAAAAAAAAAUUAAAAAAGAACAGGCAACAAAAAAUGCGAGAAAAACAUUAAUUGAAUGUUUGUAUGUCAAUUUGCUUGUACAUCACUUGUAUACAUGCAACAAUAUUGGUAUUUCUUUGUAUGUAUUUAUGUCAACAUAUGUUUUGUAGCCGUAAUUUAUGCAAUAAAAAUUAUACACAUAAUAUU